GUUUCGCUCCCUCUCGCGCAGGGCGCCCUUCUCCCUUCUCGCUCCAACCCCACGACCCAACUCGGCGCGGUGCGGCAAAAUACUGGAACCUAAUCCAUCUAUCGGAUGUCCGCGCUCAUUCCCGUCGCGGACGCCAUGUAGUGCGUAGCACGGAGGCACACGAUCGGCGUACAGUGGUGCUGGUGAUACGCGAUUGUGAGGAUCUCUCUUCCGGCGGCGGUAGACGUGAGUUUCCAGCUAGUCCCAAGGGCCCUUUGUAUGGGGGACCUGGAGUGAGUUCCAGUUUCGGAGCGGAUCGCACGUGGUUCGCGCGGGUCGUCGUUAGUUGCGAGUGAAGAGUGAAGAUACUGGGUCGAAUGAAUGCUUCAGUGUGCGCGAAGUUUUGAAUUGAAUCUUCUCCUCCGUGUACAUCGGAAACUUGCAGGAACAUCCUCGUGUAGGCGAAUAACAAAUGCCAAUUGUGUCUGAUCAAGCGAUAGCAGAUCAAAAUCGCUCCAACUACGGCAGCUUCGUUGACACGAAAUCGAAAUAUAAAACAACUCAGAUUGACGACACACUGAUAUUAAAGUCGCAUGAAAAAGGUGCAAGAGCAAAUGACAGCCACUCGUCGGCCUGUCACUCUUCCGAGCACGGGACCGAUAUUAAUCAUCGGUUAACGAUCGAAUGUCGGAGUGGUGUCUUCGGAGCUGCUCGGAAUGGAUGACACAGUGAUUAGUUAGUGAACCCGUGCUCGCGGUCGGAACUUUAAUCCGAUUGGCAGUUCGAUACUUAUGUUCACCACGUGUGCAACAUAUAGUGCGCAGGUCGACGUUCUAAUCAGACAGACGAAAGUGCGCCAAUUGAUGAUCGCAUGAGGAAGUAUCGACGGGAGAGACACAGACACAUCAACGGACAAUUUGACACACGAAUCAUUGAAACCCAAGUGCCUUUGGUCUAAUCAGAUUUCUCCCUUCGGAACAGAAAUGUUCCGUAAAUGAAGACCUUCGAAGGAAUCGAAUGUGUCGUGUGCAAACGGAAAUUUCAUCUUUAUGGCAAGCAUUGUACCACAGCAUUUUCAUAAGGAGUCACCUUGAUAUUCGGCAAGUAUCUAAUCAGAGAAGCGCACAUUGGUUUGAAGACACAAUCCCUCAGAGCUUGGUAGAAUCCCGGCCGUAACGUACAAGUAGAUUAUCGUGAAGUUCGAUACGAGCUGAACUAUCUGGAGAUCGUUUGUGUCUCGACUCGUAAUUGGCAAUCAGUAUCGAGAACAUGCACGAUAUGUGCGCGGAAUCGAUUUGGGUCGGAUUUAGUGCGCGGCGUUAGACAGUGAUAGACGCGUACUACCAUGAGAAACACGAAUUGACACGCGGGAACGUUUGGCGCGUUUGUUUUGGGAGAUCUGGACAAUAGUUUCCGAGGAGUCGACGACCGUCGCGGAGAAGAAUAGACGGUGACCUCAUGCUUUACUUAAGCCGCGGCGACCGGCAAUUGGAUCUCGGUUCGGGUCAUCAGCUUCGUGGGUUAGUAAAAGAAGAGACUACAGACCUCUCUCUAUUGAUGGCACUCGCACAGAGACCUACAUCCAAAUGUUUCCAAACUACGAUCAUAGAGAAUAGAAGAAUCCGAAACGCAACCCGAUGAAGGAAGAUACUCUUUAGACGUACGACAUAUUUUGUGCGUCAUUAACCGCGGUAUCAUUAAUCACACUUUAAAAGAAUCGCUCGUUGAGCCCUAGCAUGCAAAACUUUUUCAUCAGCGACAGCUUCGACCCAGAUUCAAAUUGAUACCCAAUCGAAACGCCGCCCGAUAGUCUGCGUUGAUAAUCGCCUUUGUCUCCAACCACAACCAGCACGUUUUAUUUAUAAGUCCACCAAUUAGAGUCGUCCUCGACGAGCAUUAAUGUCGCUUAUCGACCGGUCGGCUCCUCUGUCCUAGCGCAAUUCAUUUAAUCAACGCUAUUGUGGAAAUUGCUGGGCACGACAAUACGCCAAAUUUACACGUCGCUUUGCGGAAUCCUCAAUACGCCGGAGAGAUGUCUCGAUAUUUUUAACACGCAGUCAUUCUCGUCUCGCUCGUGACACUUGUAGAAGCCCAUUACAUUCGUCUCUUCAUUGAGCUCGAUCCCAAAGACCUCCAACAAUACUCGGUUAAUCGCUUAACAGUCGUUCGCAGAAUUGAGCUUUACGAGAGCAAAAACAGAACCCUUUUCCUCCAAUUCGAGAUCAGAACGCGAAUUUCGAUGGUGAAUUACACGUCCUGUUCACACUGAUCCGUAGGUCGAGUUGAACGAGCGACGUCGCCCAGGGAACAUUCGUUGAAACGUGAAGAUCGCGAUGGCGACCAUGGGAGUUACGGUGUUCUGCAAUAGGGUGCAGAUCAACGGCAACGAUCAAGAACAGCUGAUGUUGCUGCGAACUCUGCAAGACAACGAAAGCAACAUCAUUGGCAACCAGCCGCUCAUCGUGUCAAAAAGCAACGCCGCCAGUAACACAAGUUCCACGGCGGUGUUACCCCCCUACGAUCCCUCCAGGCUGAAGAAGCACGGCAAAAAUGGGCAACCGCCGCCUGUCGCCGUUGCCCGACGAAACGCUCGGGAGCGGAAUCGCGUGAAGCAAGUGAACAAUGGAUUCGCUACAUUGAGACAACACAUUCCGAGCCACAUCGCCGCGGGUUAUGGGGACAGGGGUAAGAAAUUGUCCAAGGUGGAAACUCUGAGGAUGGCAGUGGAGUACAUCCGAGGUCUUCAGAGGCUCUUGGCCGAGGCUGAUGGCAUCGAGUACGAUUCCAGUACCGGUGCUGGCGCACAAUGCGUCCCUUCUCCGACCAGCAGUGUCGUCUCUUCGACUCACAACGGUUCCGGUGAGAGACUCGCUCUCGAGGACGACGCACUAGUCGCGGAAGACGACGAGGGGGAGCAACUGGACGAAGAGGAGGAUGGGAAUAAUGUGAAGUCGAGGAUCACAUUGUCCAGAUUAUCCCCCAAUCGGACGGCCGAUCCAUCGCCGCGCGAAUAUUACGCGUCUUCGGGCGGCGACGAGGAGAACCUGGAGCCGCGCACUAUAACGAGCGGGCAGAAUUUCUCCAGAAAUCUCUCCCCGAAUUCAGUGGCCUCGCCGCCGUCCGAGUAUUACGCCCAGAACGAGGAGAAUCUGGAGCCGCAGAUCCUGUCGCCGUACAGCGGCGCCGGUGACAGCGAAGAGGGCGCGACGACCAUCUACGCGACCAGUCCGGAUACCUUCUCGGGAGCCCUCUACUACAAGCAGGAGAUCACCGAGACGGGGGAAUUCAUGGACGUCGUCAGCUGGUGGGAACAGGAACAGGGCAGGCUCGUUCAUCAACAGCACACGCAACGGCUGACGCACGUGUAACCAUAGAUUCCAACUAGGGAAGUCCAAUAUUUCGCAACAAUUCGAGGUCCAACAUGUGUCGUCACAAUAUGCCUCGGUGAAAUUUCGCAUGAUCUCAUCUUCAACCCAGAAUGAAGAUUCACUCAUGACAAAAACGCAACAUCCGAACUUCAACGCACCGCGUGUAUAUUUGCGAUCGAUGGUAAAAGUUGGAAAAUCGUACUUACUGUGACGAGAGCAUUUGGACGCCGGGCAAUUUAUUCGCUGUCUCGUCCUUCGGAUCAUCGUAGAAAGGUACAAUUCUCAUGGAUGUUGAACGUUUAUUUAAUGCAAAUAAUAUAUAUUUAUUUAAGAAAUUAGAUAUCACACACGCACACACACACACACACACACACACACACACACACACACACACACACAUAUCACCAAACAUGUUAGGUCGGAUUAAUAAACAAGAUUCGGGUACCAACGCGUAUGAUACCUUUGAUUAUAUUAAUCAAUCAUCUUUCCAAGGGCACAAUAGAGAAAGAAGAUACGUUAAUUCCCUUUAGCAAUGACAUUUCGCGCUUCCAGAAAGAAAUACUUGUUCGGCCAUUUACAUGCGUCAUACGUAUACGUACAUACAUACAUACGUAUAACAUGAGUACAGUUAAUUUAAUUGUAUCAUAAAUUUGAUUAUUAUCGAAGUCACUUUUUAGUAACAUAAAAGAAUUGUUUGUCGCGUAACUAUAGAAUUAUGUUAGAUAUAUAUAACACGCGUGACAUACUAUCAAAUAAGAGCGAUAAUUCUUGUUGUACGAAUAUCAAUGUGAUCGUUGAUACGAUAUUUUUAUUAAAUUUUUACAUUAUUCGCGUAUUUAAGGUUUGAAAAAUAAAUCGCGACUCUUAUUUAUAUAAAAUGUUAGCGAAAUAUUUAUUACGUCUUGCAUUUAUUAUAUUGCGCCAUUUUUAAUACACACAUAUAUAAAUAUAUAUAAAGAUAUAUUUACAUACUUAAGUUAUGUAUUUUAUAUACAGAGUGCCCCACUUAACUUGACCAUCUUAAAUAUUUCGCUUAUGAUAAGAGGUUUUAUGAUAAGAGGAUGCUAAAGGAGGACAUUAUUCAGUUCGAAGAAACAAAUACAAACAAGAAAUUUAGAAAACAAGAAAUUUUUCUCAAGAUCAUAUUUUUUAGGAUUUCAAGGUGAUUAUCAUUUUUUAUAUGAGACUACAUAUUUUUAUCAUCGCGAUAUGAUAGAAGAAAAAAAUAGAAGAACAAGAAAAAUUUUUUGUUUUUUACAGUAUUUGUCAAACUGAAUAAUGUCCCCCUAUCAUAAAACAUAAGCAAGAUAUUUAAAAUGGUCAAGCUAGAUGGGACACUCUGUAUAUAUAUAUAUAUAUAUAUAUAUAUAUAUAUAUAUAUAUAUAUAUAUAUAUAUAUAAAAUACAUACGCCGACGCGAAAGAUAUACAGUGUGUAUCAAAAAAUAAAGUCAAUCAGCGAGAAGAUGAUAAAUACCUGAUAUAAUAUACAUAAUGCACAUAUAAACUUUUCUUCGCGAAAAAAACUGCAAAGGAAGAGUUUACAUUAUUAACUUCAUGUAGCUGUCUUCUAUCAUCUCCUCGCUUAAUCUAACUUUUUGAUACUAUCCAUGUAAGAAAACGACUUGAGACGCUGCGAGACACAAUCAAAAACAUUUGUAAAUACAAGUGCCUUAAUUAAUCGUAAGUGGUGAGCCGCAUUAAUACACUUAAGGCUAUAUUUUGUACUUGAAACUUCUUUUUUCUCACGAAAUAUUUAUAUAACAACGCGCCAAGCAUACGUAAAUUACUAUUACAUUUGUAUGUAGAAACGCGCGCUGUUCGUUGUCGCGACAGUCUAUUCGAUUGAAGAAGUAAUCACUCGAAUGUAUGCACACCAACUCAAGAGGCAGAGCAGCCUUGACACGCGGUACAAUUAGGUUACUGGCGUUUGACAAUCGUACACGCUUAUUUCUUGCCACUAACGUGGCGUAAAGCUAUCUUCAACAACGCUAUCUUAACACAUCGUUUUCUUUAAAUAUAAUCCGUUAAAUAAUGAAUCAAUAUGUAGAAUUAGAAAAUCCAAGCAACCUAAUUAUAUUGCGUGUUAAAGCUAUUUCAUCGAUUUCACGCGAUCGCAGCAAUCAAAUAACAAUCAACUGCUUUUUUUAACAACUCUUCUUGAAGUAUAUUAAAUUGCGUGUUAUACACGUGUCACAAUGUAAACAUUUUUACGUGCCUUACUAUCAAGAUGAACCCCGAUCGAGUUUAUGAUUUAUUCAUUGGUAUGCGACAAGAGAUGUAAUUACCGUCUGCUGAUGCCGUACACAUCUUUAUAUAUUAUGAUAUGCGGAAACGUAUGAGAUUGUUACGAAUGUACCUUUGACAUUUGCGCGCGACUGUAUUUAUAAUUCGCGACAUAAUGCAUGCAAUACAGUCUUAUUGCAUAUAUUAUCGAGAGCGAUGUCGAUUAUACUGAAUAUCGUCUUUCAUCAUUAUAAUUUUGCAUAACAUGCAGAGAGCGCGUUACGACACUCGACCGAUUGUUCUCUCUCCCCUUUUCUCUCUGGUCUCGAGUGUAACUUGCAUAUGUUCGAAAUAUAAUUAUUGGAACAUCGGAGAGAUGUGUCGCUUUAGAGUGUUAGGUCUCACUGUAUAUAGAUACGUAAACGUAGACGAUAUUCCACUUGCCACUGGCGUGUUAAUGUUGGCGCUUCUGUAAAUACCAGUGCCUUGACUAAGCUUAACAUAAGUCUUUUGCGAAGAACUUGUACUUGAUAUUUUUUAUGGAAUAUUUUUUAAAUACACUUUACUAUUUAUAUACAUA